UGCGGUUAUUUGCGGGUCCCACGUGGUAGCCACGUGUAACGAGGAAAGGAGCCCAUCCUCUUUGCAUUUUGUCUUUUGCCCCUACCAAAAUAUUUCUCGUCUCCUCUCUCGCUGGGAAUCUCGUCUGCUCCGUAGAGCUACCCAUCACUGCAAAACAAGUUAUCUGCCAAAAUCGAGAACGAGCAAGAGGAAAACAUGAGUCUGUGUUGCGAUGGGUUAUCGAACGAUCAGUGUUUCUUGGUCAACUUCAUCAUGAGCAAUUACUUGGGUCCUGAUUUGUAUUAUGAUAACCCAAGAUGCUCAGCUUCUCAAAGAUUAGCCAAAGGUUUGCCUCCUUACACACUGAAUCACAUUGGAUCUUCCUCUCUAAAUGUUGCGCAGCUACAGAACUUGUACUAUUAUGUACUGAGAAACGCCGACUCCAGCCUCCUCCUUCGUCCGGACAUGAUUUAUGCGUAUCUGAAGGGAUGCAUACCUUUGGAGCCCUCUCAAAAUUCUCAUCAGUUCACAUAUUUUUUCCCGACGAGUCUUCACCCGCAUAAAAGUUAUUCACCGAGCCAAGAGAUAGUUGAGGGGUAUUCUCCGAGCCUCGAGAUUGUGAAGGGGAUUGUAGUUAUCGAUGAUCCUGCAGUGGAGUUCAUAAACAAGGAAGAACUCCAGAGAUUCAGGUGCUUGUCAUUGCUGAACGACCUGAAAAUCGACAGAGCCGUGUCUUUAUCUCCUCGACCUGUGCAGCUGGAUGGAAGCAGGAGAACCGAGCAGGACUGUUCAAGAAAUGGGGAAGUGACGACCAAUGGACUUGUCACUAACCAAGACGUCAACUCAUAUGGCGAGCUUGGAGAAACGUGCAAAAGAAAGAAACAGGAGGAAGCAGUUGCUGAUCAUGAUGUUUGUGUAAUCAGUGAAACCCGAGAAGGAGUUUCAGGAAGCAUACCACAGAGCCAGGGAAAGGAGCAGGGCUGUUCAAGAAAUUGGGAAGCGACAUCCAAUGGACUUGUCUCUGACCAAGACUUGCCUAAAGAAUCAUGCAAGAGAAAGAAAAAGGAAGAAGAAGCAGUUGCUGAUCAUGCUUUUUGCGGAAUCAGUAAGACCCCAGACAGAUUCCGGGAGACGUACAAGAGAAAACGGUUCAAGAACUCAUCAACUAAAGCAAGAAACAAGAAUGGCGAAACUCUUACGGAAAGAGACAGAACAUAUAAACCCACCAGCCUACCACUUGUAAUUGUUCCUCCUGAAAUUAAGGAAGGUGAUGCAGAGCCGGCGGUUGUUACCACGGGAACAGCCAGCAAAGAAAAUUUUGGACCAUCCAUUGGGACUGUCGACAUUGGUGUCAACAAAGUUGCUUACUGUUUUCAGGUUGCUUUGCCCGGUGUCUACAAAGACUACGGUGAGUUCAGCUGUGAGAUUGAAUCAGAUGGAAAGGUUACACUGGAGGGAUCGAGUACUACAGGAGUGAAAACGAUCAAGAAGUAUUCUCGGGUUUUCGAGAUGAAUAACCGGAAUCUGUAUCCGCCUGGACCGUUCAAGCUAUGUUUUAGUCUCCCAGGACCAGUUGAUCCGCGGCUAGUCUCUCCUGUCUUCCGAACAGACGGUAUUUUCGAGGCUGUCGUCAUCCGACUCAAAAACUCUAAUUAAACCAGAGGUUCCUUCAAGUUGGGAACAGUAGGAUCUCUGUAAAUCUUUUUUUUUUGUUAAUGGGGAUCGAAGCUAGGCCCUAAUCAAACAGCAUGUAUCUAACUUUUUGGACAUGGCUCUGUCGAUUUUGCGUGAUUUGCUAACUAUCCGUCCGUCUUUCUUCGUUAUGUUGAUUCAGAAAUGUUUUCAUGUUAACUUGUUAAGACUCGCCGAAGC